UUGAGAGGCUCCGUUGCUUAGCUAGUGGAUUGUCUCAUGCUUAUGUCGCGCCUCGCAAGUGUUAGCGAAAGCGAAACCUGACAGUCCGUCUAGCGACUUUCGAGUGAACGGUGGUGUAUGACCCGAUUGUGUCUGGAUUUUUCGCGCGGUUCCGAAGGGGGGCCCUUUUGUGUGCCAAAAACACCGAGAUUGGAUGAUCAGUUUAUUUGUGUGUAAUCGAGUGAAGAAGCGACGAGUCCUGGGAUAACCCACAAGUGCAUUUCGGAAGCGGUGAUAUCGAAAAUAAAGGGUGGAUUUACAUGUGACUUAUGCAAUGCAGCGCACAAUAUUUUGAUUCUCCGAAAGUGACCCCCGGAGUCACAGUCGGACUCCUUGAGUCGGGCUUACUCAGCUUGGCGGUGGCGUUGAUUCUGGCGCAUGGCGUAAUUUCGGUUGGUUGGUGGUUUUCCGCCUUUAACCCGAAUGUAGAAAUGGUGAAAGAGAAGUGAAAACAGUGGGGAAGGUGCAAUAGGAUAAUAAAAACAAGUUUCAUCACCGUGUGAAGUGAACUGUAUUCUCCUCAGUUGACCGCUCCAUUGACGAAGAAGCAACCCAUCGCGGUAUGAAGUGUGUUCGCUUGGUUUGGUGUGUUGUUGUGAGCUUCAGAAGAACCUGAACCUACGCGAGUGGCUCCAAGUGACUUCACCUCCGCGAAGCCUCCCAAUGGAAUAUGCUAAUGAGAAGCAACAUGUCCGUAAAGUAUGAACGGUCAUCAGUUUUACUGUGCAUCGGAUUGAAGCGGAUCCUAUUCGAGGGGUGGCGGGGAAUAUUCUGAAACGAGAAGCCAAGGCAAAAUAUGCGUGGUGCAAUGAAAGCAGAGAGCUCUGGAAUGCUGUUUUCAGCAUAAUAGUUACAACAGUCGGAUGUGAAGUUAGAAAUAAGUGAGGAGUGACUGUGAAAAGGAAACUUUUUCGUGCAAUUAAUGUGAGGGAAACCCGAGUACAAUAGUGACAAAUUGCAAUUGAAUAAUUAGGGAUUCUGUGUUCCACUUUUUCAAAUCGCGGGAGAGUUUUUUUGUGGAAGUGAGAAAAACACCCGGGCAACUACUGUUAAGUUCAACGCUAACGAUCGAUUGUGUGUUAAUCGGCUGAUUAACACUGCAUCAUCACCCCUAAGACUCCGCUGUCCAGUGUAGAAAUCAUCGCGAGCUGCAGCACCGUGAUAACGAACGCAAGGCAGCAAAAAAUUCCAAAAGAGCCUUUAAGUUAUGACUUCGCUGCCGGUCCAAAAAGCGCAACGAGAAAAAGUUGCAAAACCGGAGUUGCUGAAAAAUUUCUUGAGCGAGAGAAAAUAAUAAACAACAACAAAAAAACCUGAAGAAAAAAAGAGCGAGAAAAAAGCACCUCGAAGCCUGGAAGAACUUCUCCAAACUCAAGCAGACCAACGAGCAGCGCAAAAAUCGCAAACCUCGUCGCGAUUGCAUAUAUGAAUAUGUGAAAAGCCCGAUUUCGACUGAAGACCACGGCAAAAAUCCAGUUUUCUGCGCGCUUCUCGAGCCCCGUCCCAGGCCGACCUUACCGCCCCCUGUCACCAUCCACUGCACAUUUUGACUCACGAAGAUCAAUUUCGCCACGUCUCGGCGCGAAGGGCGAGGCGAGAAGAAUCGACGCGGCUCCUCGAGUCGAAUCGAGUAAGUGUAUGCGCGCAGGCAGGCAGGGUAUGUCGCUCGGAAGGUACCUCGUUUGUUGGCCAGGGCACAUUCUUUCGCUGAUUUAUGCAUGCUCAAAAUAAGGCGCAUUUUAGCAACAAGAGACUUCCAUACCACGGGGAGGAAGAAAAAAGUAUGUGUAUCGGGAAGGAAGACGGAGAGAGAGGGCGUAAAAAAAGCGCCUGGACCGGUUGAUUCCGACGAUUGCGGCUGUGUUGGUUGUGUUGAACGUUGAUCAACUGGUUCUAGAUCGACAGUGUGGUCCCUUUUGGUCGCUUCUCUCACCGGUCAAUAGUUCUGUCUCGAUCACCCGGGCAGGAAUCUUGGACUGAGUCCCGAUCGAGGAUCGAGCAAGUGUGUGAAGAAUUCUUCAAGGUGACUUCUAAGCGCAAAGAACUUCAAGUGAAUCAUCAUCUUAGUUUCAAGGUAUUAUUUUGUCUGUAAAAAGUCUAAAAUAUCUAAGCAAAGUGUUUAAAAGAGAAACGUUUAGUGUACUUCGAGAAGUUGCAAAAACACUCGAAUCGGAAGAAAUAAGAAAGCGCGAAGAAAGUGUACAAGCUUUGUUGGAGAGACAAUAAAAAAAUAAAUAUAAUCUCAAACAGCGAGCGUUAGUUUUGUUACCCCUUUUGCUUACCAUUUCGUGUGUUUUAUCUUUUGGCCAGCUUUGCCCCAACAUUAGCAUACCACAACAUAUAUGGCUGGCAAUUAAUUUGCCUACCGCGGCGGCCGAGAAUAGCUCCGAAAAGUGUGUGUUUUCAUAGUGUGUAUACAAUUUUGAACGGUUUUAUACUUUUAUCUUUCAUUCAUCCCGCUGUCAUUUGGGCCAUUCUAUUAGUGGUCGGUCAUGCUGAAUGGAGUAGACGAUUCGAGCUUGGAACGCGUAUAAGUUUUAUCGUCGUACUUCACCAACUUCUCCACAAAAGGUGGUACAUUCCUACAACGUUUGAAUAUUGACAAUUUGAUUUUCAAGCCCAGCAAGAGGUCAACAUUGGAUCUGAAAACAAGUUACGGCUCCCGGUUGAUGAGGAUGGUUCAACCGUACCAACCAAGCUAGAUGCCAUUGCAUUAGCUCUACAUAGCCCGCAGAAAAGUGCGCCAACGAAAGUGAAACAGUUUUAACAACAGUGUGUGCGCGGGAAAGUUAGAAGAACCUUUCGUAGGUUAUUGUGCAGCUAAAAGAUAGAGUUUUUCAUACAUAUCGUCGAGCCCUUCGUUCGAUGUGCCCUCUCACGUGAAAGUUAGUGAAAUCGUGCCUUAGCAAGUGUCCAAACAGCGGCAACGACGCGGCUUGAAAACACCGAUCAGUUCUUAUGAGCCUUCCGGAUAGAAGUAACGGCAGGUUUCCAGCAGUUCACCCACAAGAGCUACAGCCGACGCACAGAGAUGAGUACAAAUUCACCCGGAACGCCCAAGAAAUGCCGCCUGAUACUGCAGCAGUGUCUAGCGAUCGAGCUGACCAAACCAGGCAAUCCACCGGAGGAUUUUUGGAUGUACGAUAGCGGGUAUACGAUUUUUCAGAAUUUUCUCUCGGCGAACCUGCAAUGCUGGUGGAAUGCUCCGCUGGCGGCCGCCACGAAAGUGCUGAAAUAUCUUGGCCACAUCGCCCCCGGAAUGCUGCUCAUAACGGCCGAACCGUGCGCCCUCGAAAUCAUCCGGAGUGCCCACGCGAGGAACGUCCUUAAGCCGCCCGCCACCUAUCUGAUCAGCUCCGUAGGUGACAUUGACGACUGCAUCGUGACACCGAUAAAGCAAACCCAGUUCACACCACUCACGGAGGCGCUAUGUGAUGUUAUUAUGGAACUUACGUCACAGGGCCAAUCGGCGACCAUCGAGAACAUCCGCAGUCGGUUGCGCACGAGGUUCACCCACAUUCAACAACCUUCGGUGGAGGUAAUUUACGACACGCUUGUGCAGCUGAUGCAGGAAAUCAAAAUCUAUCAAACAUCGAAGGGAUACUUCAUCGUCACCCCCGAGAAACGACGUAGCAAAUCUAAACCCAAUGAGUACGGCUUCGCAAGCGACGAAACAACACCACCCCAGAAGGAACCGAAAACUAUGCUGAUGAGUAGUCACGAUGCGAUGCGCAGUCUGUAUGGGGAAAUAUCGACCGAGCGGGAUGGCGACCAGACGCAUCAAUGCAUUCAAACCAAUCUGGCAGACGUUAUCUGUGGUGGCAAUCCGAACGAUAAAAUUCUUUAUCCGCGGAGCAGUAGCAGCAAGCAGCGAAAUUCCACCCUGGCAGGAAGUCAUAAGACGUUGGAACGUCGACACAGUCUUCGAAUUUUUGGUUCUUCGAAGAGACUCCAGCGAUCGGCUUCUACGAGAAGUUUGUCCAAGAAUUACUCCCAGACGAUGUCCAAGGAUAAUCCAGCCUCUGUGGUGACAAGUUCUAGCUCGGAGAACCAGUCGAAUUGUGAUACGAAAAAACAAGGAUCUUCCCAAUCUCUAUUGUCAAGGAUCUUCAGAAGAAGCACCCGUUCGAAAAGUAAAACUAAGCAGACUGAGACUUAUUCGGCCCAAUUUCCACCUCCAGAAUGGUUCAAUUCGAAAACAACGCAUUUGCACAGUGUUGGCACGCAAACUACGGACUAUCUCGAUGUUCCUGUAAAGUCUCGCCUGAUAAACUCGACCUUUUACGACAGCUCAGAUGUAAGCCAACGUUCACUUUCCCUACCGAGACGUCGACAUCACCGACGGAAUCUGUCCAGCGAGUCGACAUUCUUCAUAUCUUCCCGUGACUGCUCACCGGUUCGCCGUGGAAAGUCACCCUCCUACUACUGUGGAAGCCUACCACGCUCCAUCCAUUCCACUCCAGCCAGUUCAGGUUACUAUAAGGCUUCCCGGAGCAAGCAACUCUCGUCGGCAGAUAAACUGCACAGCAACAGCCAGCACAAAAUCGAAAACAAAGCUAGUCGAGUCGGUAGCGGUCCAUCCAGUAUCGACAGUGGUAAAAUGACCUAUGUCACCUCGGGACCAUCAAGUUUCGAUAGUGAAAAACUAUCAUCCACACGUACCAGUACCCAUUCGAGCCUGGAAUCGCACGUUUCAGCCGCCACGGUCACCACUACGAUUCAACAGACAACCACUUCCAGCUACUUCAUAGCCAACGAUACUAAACCUUCGUACGUGAGCUCCGGUGUAUCGAAGGAGUCUUCCCCACCAUCUGCAGCCUCGACAACAACCUCGAAGAGCAACCGCAACAGCAACCAUUACAAGGGAUUUGAAACGACCUUCGGGUACAACAACCAGGCCAUCAACAGUAGUAGCACAAACAACCACAACAGUAGCACUAACAAUAGCAAUCUAGUUAAGAAUUCACUGAAUGCACUUUGUAAUGAAGCCAUUACGAAUAACGGCAUUUUGGUGAAUACCAAUAGUAGUAACCUUUUAAAAUUAGACACCGAUUUACCGAGCACAACCAACGAGGUAGACUUCCGUUCACGAAACGACCAACUGUCAGCUUUAAAUGAAACCUUACUCAAUUUGAAACUCCAUCCGGAAACCCAGUCGGAUCUGCACGAAUUUAACAAAUACAAUAAAAAUAUCCACAAACAGGAACACUUUCCCAUGAACAACAGCAAAGCGUUGCCAUCAACGCCUCCGGUACAGCCAGCCAAUUUUUUCUACAAGAACGUUCUUAAAAACAUCCAACAUGACGCUAAGAAUAUCUGCGGGGAUCUUGCCAUCGAUAAGGAACUGGCCGGAUCGAUAGGGAGCAACCUGCAGCACAACGACCACCAAUCGAACCUGCGUCGAUCGAACUCCGAAAUAAAGAAGCUCAACUCGGGCCUUGAGCUAAAGAAUCAAUCAUCAUCCCCAGAUCAGAAGAUCAGUGGGUUGAUCGUGAUGAAGAAAAGCCUUUCCGUUUCCAGCGAACCGAACCUCGCCAAUCAGGUUCAGGAAACAAAUCAGAAGAUUCGAAUCCUGGUUAAGGACUCGGACAAGUCCAACAACUCGGACCGUCGGUUUUCCUUCCAAAGCAAAGAGGAUCCAAUGAUCGAGGAGAUGUACGACUUCCCCAGUUUGACCGAUCUGAGCUUUAACUUCACAUCCCUGGCGGCUCAGAAGAUUCUGCAAGGCGACACCAGUCUGAACAGUAUCGAUACCCUAGUCGAGCUUAAUAUCAACCAGGAGAAACAGCAGACCAUCAUGAAGCUGAAGAAUGAUGCCAGGGUCUUGAGUCAUCAAGAGUCACAAAAUCCGGGCAAGGUCGUUGCCGACUUUGGGAUGGUUUGAUGAGAGAACGAGAACGAAUAGUGUACAUUGAACCCAAGUAUAAGUGCCAAUAUUUUAUUAACGAACAAUUGUAACUGUAAUUACGAAUAUUUACUAAACAAUAUACAUAUGCUAUUAUAUAGUGAAAUUUGUUAAUUAUUUUUAUUGUAUAUAAAACAGCGAAACGACAUUUUUGGACGAUUUUAACAUGUGUAAACCAGGUAGCCGCCAAUACAUAGAAUGAGAAUGUAUACUGUACUGUGGUAAAUAAUGCUUAACACACUGAGAAAAAUCAACGCCAGAAUACGAAAUCGAGCGAUCUACAUUUUCUGUAUAAGAAUGUGCAAAAACUUGACUGCAAUAAAACCUAAUUAAUCCCUAAA